AUGUCUGAAGUGAGGUCUGAGCGCGGCGCCCUGUGGUCUGAUGCCGAGACCCUGGCGCUCAUCGCGAUCUGGAGCGAGGAGAACGUGCAGACGGCGCUGGACGAGCAGCUGAGGAACAGCCACGUCUUUAAAUUCAUCUCGUCGCAGCUCCUGGACCAGGGCUACAUCCGAACCCCCGAGCAGUGCCGCAUCCGCAUCAAGGGGCUGAAGAGGAAAUACACGUUGGCCAAGGACAGCAUCAAGCGGGGCUGCAGCGCGAGCGGCAGGAAGAUCUGCAGGUUUUACGAGCAGCUCGAUGCCGUGCUCGGCUCCAGGAUCGGCAACGAGCGCUCGGUAGCCAUGGACACAGUCGCGACGCCCAACCAGUCUCAGGACAUUAAAGAGGAGCAGAACAGCCCGCGGUCCGAUGUCAGUCAGAGGGUUGAAUGCCGGAAUGGCCAUUGUUCUUCAGAGGAGCCAGACCUUCCCCCGGGGGAGACCAGCACCCGGCAGUUCGAACCGCAACCUUCCACCAGCGCUUUCUGCACACCCCGUACGCGGCGCACACAUUCAUCAGUGCCACUUACACCUCAACCGAAGAAAGCAAAGAAACAUUCUCUGGAGGACAUAAUGGAUGGUAUGAUGGAAAAAUUCAUCCGCUACAGUGAAGCUGCUGAUGAAAAAUUUCUCCGUUACAUGGAAGCAUCAGAAGAACGGUUUGCUCGUCUGGAGCAACUCCGUAUGGAAAUGGAAGAACGGAUGAGACAAAAUGAUCGAGAACAUGAAGCUCGUGUUCUAUUUAUGUUGGGACAGAUGAUGGGCCACAAUAUGGCUGACUUUCCUUCCACAUCCUCGUCUGCUGAGGGUGAAAUAACUGAAAGGAAAGUAUUUUAGGUCACAGUUAAAUUUAUGGUUCUACGUAUUCACUUAAAAAACAACUUUGUAGCAUUUUUAUUUUAUAUACAGUUUGUUCUGCUGAUGCAACACUGCAUUCAGGUUCAUAACCAAAAGAUUUUUUAAAUUGUUGGUAAGCAUGUGUGUUGAGUGGAAACCCAUAUUGUUUGAAAAACUGUAGAGAGCAACGAGAACCUCUGAUAACUGAUUUUAUUGGGGUGGAUUUUGGGAGAUUUACGCAGGAAAAUAUACAAUAAACUCUUAAACCAACAAGCAGUCAACCGGAAAAAUUGUAGCAAUGCAAAGAUAGAACAAUAUAGUUUAAUUUACGAAGUAUAGGACAAGGAAAGAAAUAUUGUAAACUAUAGAGUCAAUCACUUAUGUUCUUUCAUGUAAAUCUUGGUGAGAGGUCAUACAAUGGGCAUCUGACGAUCCAAUUUGAUCUUUCUGAUUCACAUGAAGGAACAUAUUACCUGUUCACUGCUCUGCCCCCGUCCCAUUCUUUGCUUUUACUUCACCGCACUCAUGCAAGUAAAUUGCCUCUACUUAGCCAAACUUUCAAUUUCUUGUUCGCCCUUAACAGUACCAAUAAUCUGCAAUGCACUUAGCGACCCUUGAGUUAACUAUUAUAGAAGGGCAGGGUUCCAUGUUCAAUAAUGGAACACAUGGGUAUUUGGCAUUACUGUCUUGACACAAAGAAUUGUGAGCGUGUGUCUUUAUAUAAGUGUGUAUUAAAGAUGUUUAUAAUUGUUUUGGCAUUCCAGCUGUAGCAAAUGGAAUAUACAUGGCUUAUGUCGGUCCCUUGCUGUGCUGAAGGGCAUCUGAUCUGAACAGAAUGUUCAUGAACAGCAGUCCACUUCCUUAAUACAGAGAGUCCUCCACUGCCUUCUGUUAUCCACAAAAUCCCAACUGGCAACAGCUUUUAUUUGUUUUUUUAAGAAAAUAGAUUCUUAAAAUAUAGAAUUCAUCUAUUGUGGUCGAACCCUUUAAAUGAUGAAAGCAACUUGUGUAAUUAGUAGCGAUCGAUCCCAUAGUAGUCGGAAAGAAAUGAUGUGCAUUUGAUUGAAAUGCAUGCAUAUUCUACAUGGGCCAUAAUGAAAUUAAAUGAGAUUAAUAUGGCUAGAAAAAGCAUUACCAAUAUCUUCUUGGGAAUGGAUUUUUUUUCAGUGAGUAGUGCAUGUAGUAAUCGUUACCCAAAAGAAAGCCAACAAAUACAACUGUGCUGUAAUCUUAAUUGUGUAUAUAAAUGUUUCUUGCCAAGAUAAGAGUGUUGUUUUGAAAGCUGUAAGGCAGAGAAAUACAGCUGAGCUGUUCUGUCCAGGUUGCUUUCACUCUUAACAAGAAACCCAUAGCCUUAAAGAAGAAUCAUAAAUCAUGGUUUCUCACAUAAACACAGUUGUAAAUUACCUUGUGAAUUUUGGGUUGUUGAUGAGAGGUGCUAGUUACAGAACGUUUUUUAAUAUUCAGUCUUUAUGGAUAUUACUAGAUUAAGGUGCUCAAUAAAACUUAACUGCAAAAUGUUUUGUUAGCUGGUUAUUGGGUGGGGAUGGAACUAUUUUAUAUCCUUUAGUAAUGACCAUAGUAGCCAAAGUAUGCAUUAUGCCUUGAAAACCACAAAUGUUGCAUAACAGUUACUAAUAACUAGGCCUUCUGAUUAUCGGGUUUUAUGUUGUAGUGAUUUUUGGGACAAACUGUUGGAUGAUAUCAGAUGCCAGAAAAAUCUAUUUUGUUUUUGAGUCCAAAAUAUUUUUUUAACGGUUAUUAAGCAAAGAUGUUUAGGUUUUAUCACCAAAAUGUUCUCUUCCUUUUGUUUAUUGUUUUUUUUCUCAUCUUUUGACUUUUUUCUUUUAUUUCCUGGUUUCUGUUUUCUUUCUAUUUGAUCGGAUGAAAGAAACUGGAAUAAUCCAUUGAACUCUGAUACCUAGUUUGCCAACAUGGAUUUCCAUUUAUCAGGAUUUCUGCAAACUGUCAAUAACCAUCCCAUACUGUGCAAUCUUUGCACUUGCUGCAUUCUAAAUGUCCUGAUGUCUUCAUAAACUCUGUCAAGAGAAUUUAACAAAUAGAUGGGACAUGCUGUGCGAAAGCUAGCAGAGGCUCACUGUGCAUGCUUGGAAAAGAGACCAAGAUGUGAUCUUGUGAGAAAGGCAUUGCGACCAUUUCACUUGAACCAGAGAUGGAUGAUGUGGUUUGUUUUAAUGGCCUUAAAACUAAUUUUAAACUUAUCUGGUGGGUAUUAAUUAAUCAAUUUGAUCUGAAAAUCAGAGGGCCUACUAAAAAGCUAUAUCAAAAACAAGUGCAUAUUUUAAUACUGAAUAUUUAAGAAGUUCAAGGGAGUAAUUAUUUUCUGAACUGCAAAUUUACUGACCUUAGUGGGUAAAUGCAUGUUAAUAAUAAUCCUUGCAUUUGACAUAGCAACUUAUCAUGUCAAAACAUCUCAAGGUGGUUCACAGAGUCUUCUGUAAAGUGUGUCUUUGCAGGCAAACGCAGCAGAUAAUUUGUGCACAACAA